CGCCACUCGGGGAGCCACCGCAAAAAUGAGGCUCUUUAUAUUAUCGGCACUAUUAGCCGGUAUACUUAUAACAUCAUCACAUUCACGGAAUGUAGCAGAGUUGAAAGGUGAAAAAGGUGUCGAAGAAAAAGCCGUAGCUGAAUUGACUGCACCGAGCGCUCCCAGCGGACCUGACCAGUCAGCUGCAGGUACCGCCAGCGCCGCAUCCGAUCAAGCACUCGCCGGCACUGAGCACAAAAAAGCAAAAAAUACGCACCACGAACAAGGUGGCGGUCACGAACACCACGCCGAACACCAUAAGGAGCACGGAGACAAAGGUGAGAAAGGCUACAAAUCACACCAUCACCACGAUAAAGGCGAUCAUGGCCACCACGAAAAACACCACCACGAAGGACACCAUGGUGAGCACGGCGAAAGCAAAAAGAAGCACCACGACGAACAUGAUCACCACGGAGAGCACCACGAAGCAGCUCACGGUCACAAAGGUGGAAAAUUCGGUCACAAAAAAGGGCACAAAAAGGGUUCGAAGACUACCGGAUUUCACCAUAAAUCACACAAAGACGAAUAUCACAAGGAGCACAAAUUUUACGACGAUUUCCACAAGGGCGGGCAUCAUCACAAGCACGGUGACUUCCAUGGCCACCACGACAAGAAAGAAGGACACCACAAGAAGGGUGGACACCACGAAAAGGGGCAUCACGAGAAACAUCACGGAAAGAAGGGACACCACGACAAAGGACACUACGACGAAGAUCACAAGGGCCACAAAGGGCAUCAUGGCCACGAGGAACACCACGCACAUCACCACGAUUAUGGCAAGAAAGGUGGACACGCGGGUGGCAAGGAGCAUGGAUACAGCCAUGGCAAGAAAUCAUAAGACUACUAAAGUUGCU